AUGCCGCCGCGAAAGAAGCCGUUCAGCGGCAAGGCCAAGAAGCAGCAGGCUUGUAACGUCACGUUGGCACAGGCAUCUUCAGGGCGAGCUGAUCUUCGCACGAUCUUCCAGAAGGAGUCCAAGGCUGCCGUUGAGGCCAGGAAGAAGGACGCAACGCGCGAGCUUGUGUAUGCGGCCGAUCGAGGCAACUCGCAGUCAAUUUACGCGUUCGGUAUACAAGACCCUGCCAACCAGCCGCGCAUCCUGACGAAACCAAAGUGGUCACGGGAUAUGACUCCAGACGAGCUGAACGAGGUGGACGACGAAGCCUUCAAAGAGUGGAUCGAGUACCUCGAACUGGAGACAACGGGUCGUGAAGACGGCGCACAGCUCAAUCUGUACGAAAGGAACCUGGAGGUGUGGCGCCAGUUGUGGCGAGUGAUUGAGCGCUCCUCCGUACUCGUGCAUCUCGCUGAUGUCCGAUGUCCGCUACUCCACAUUAGCGACCAACUCAUGACGCACACUCGAACCAAGUUCCCAUGGAAGCGUAUCGUUUUGGUGCUAACGAAGACUGAUUUAGUGGCGGAGGAGCGUGCUCAGAGGUGGUCGGCGUAUUUGCAAGCUCGGUACGGACAAGAUAUCCCCGUGUUGGCGUACAGUCGCGACCGCGUCGGCGAGAGCAAUGCCACCUUGAUGAGAACUAUCGGGCAGGUGAGCGCUGGUAUCGACCACCGCAGUUUGAAUGACGAUUCUACUACCGAAGAACGACAGACAGACACACUCACAAUCGGGUUCGUGGGGGAGCCCAACGUCGGCAAAAGCUCGCUGCUCAACAGCCUCUUCGACCGCAAACUGGUGAGUGUGUCCGCCACUCCCGGCCACACAAAGCAUCUUCAGACGCACUACUUCGAGCAGGUAGACAUGCUGGAGCGUGACGACGGGGUCUUCUCGCGCGUCCUCGUGUGCGACUGCCCUGGUGUGGUGUUUCCUCGCUUCAACGUGCCGGUGCUGCUGCAGAUCCUUUUCGGCAGCUUCCCCAUUGCCCAGACGCGUGAGCCUUUCAGCGCUGUUCGGUUCAUUGCCGAGAACUGCGUGCCGCACCUGCACGAGGUGUACAAGCUCAAGCCCGUGGACGAAGAUGACGACGACUGGUGUCCCUACACGCUGUGCGAGUCCUUCGCCCAGCUACGCGGCUUCCGCAUGAAGGGCGGCAAGCUUGACGUGAACCGCGCCGCCAACAUGCUCCUCCGCGAUACGCUCAACGGCAAGAAGGUGGUGCUAUCCUUCCCUCCGCCGGCAGCCACGUGCAGCGGUGGCGCUGGGUCGUAA